AUGGGCGGUUAUGCGACGGUCGCUAUACACCGCGGAGACCUAGACGCAGUACUGCAUCUUGUCGCAGGGCGUAGGCAGACAAGGGGCACGGAUAGGAACGACGCAAGCUCGAGGUCCCAUUGUGUGCUUUUGUUGUCUACCAAAGUCCAUCGGGUGACUGCAGGACUUGAUGUACCUAUAGAUGGCCCAAGAAGGAUUAUUGUCGACCUCGCUGGGUCGGAGCGCAUGGGAGACACCGACAGGGAUGCAGAGACCAUUUGGAUCAACGAAAGCCUGGGUUCACUUGGCUCCUUUUUCCGGGACCUGGCGGAGACUGGGAUGACUACAAAGAAACGUGAAAGCGAGUUGACUAUGCUCACUCACUAUUGUAUUUUGGCGUCUGCUCGCCUCUGUGUCAUGGUCACCUGUCGAUUCACCUCUGCCUCUCAAACUGGACACCUUGUGCAGGUCAAAGACUGGGAGAGGAAAACCGAGAGUCUUAACAAGGCAGCGUUUCAUUUUGCUAUCAAUUGCAAGAAAGCAGUGCCACCUCCGCCAACUACAGAUGAGCAGGAUCUGCGGGAUGAAGAGCAAAUUGACGGGAUGGUACCAAGUGAUGACAUCUGGACCCUGCAAGCACGAAUCGAUGCCAUGACCCGGACGAUUGAGGCAAACGCAUCUCAGCUCGAUGAGUACUCCAAAUACUUGCUAAUGUCUAAUUUAGCUCAACACGAUACCGAUGCCCGUCGCGAGGCGGUAAAGCUGGCCAAUGUUUGCGACGAGUUGGCGGCCGCCCGAAAGGCCUUGGAAGCUCAAAAUUUGGCCGAGGCUCAACAUUUCUUUGGGAACACUCAAAUCCAAGAGGCAGUAAACAGGGCACGAGAUCUGCAGCGCGAGCUUGAUGCUAUGAGUGCGGAUUUGACUCUGGCGCAGCACGCAGAAAAUACUAGAUCCAAAGACGCCGAAAAGUUAUUGGUCGAGGCAAGUCUCGCUUGCGGAUGUGAGUUACGAAAAUCGAGGGAAGAGGUCAAGGCCGCCGAGAAAUUGGCUCGUCACGCACAAGCUCAUGUCCAGGAGCUGAAAGUAGCGAAUCAACGUUUUCAAGAAGCGGCCAAGAAAACGCGCCAUCUUCAGCCUGAGUGCAAAUGGAAAGGGGAUAUACAAAAGGUUAUUACCGACGCCCACCGCCAGUCCCAGUUGAAGGCGCGUGUGCACCGCAAGUGA